AUGGCGAUCAAAAUCAAAGAGGAAGUGAAAAAGCAUAUUGAUGCAGAUUUCCUUGUCACAUCAGAGUAUCCGCAUUGGUUGGCCAACAUUGUGCCAGUUCCCAAGAAGGACGGGAAGCGUGUGAGAAAAUACAAACUCCGCUUGAACCCAAACAAAUACACCUUUGGGGUCCGAUCAAGAAAGCUCUUAGGCUUCAUCGUUAGUCAAAAGGGUAUUGAAGUUGAUCCUGACAAGGUUAAAGCCAUUCAGGAAAUGCCAGCACCUCAAACAGAAAAGCAGAUGCUCUUGUCUGAAUAUGACAUUGAGUAUCACACCCUGAAAGUUAUCAUAGGAAGUGUCUUGGCCGAUCAUUUAGCUCAUCAGUCAAUCGAUGAUUAUGAGUCUAUAAAAUUUGAAUUCCCAAAUCAAGAUGUGAUGUACUUAAAAGCCAAAGAUUGCAAUGAACCACUACUAAAUGAAGGGCUAGAGCCAGGUUCUCAACGGGGUUUAAUAUUUGAUGGAGUAGUUAAUGCUUAUGGUAAUGGUAUUGAGGCAGUAAUCAUCACUCCUCAUGACUCACAUAUCCCUUUUACUGCAAGAUUAACAUGCAAGUGCACAAACAACAUGGCGGAAUACAAAGCCUGCAUCAUGGGUCUAGAAGAAGCCAUUGAUCUUAGAAUAAAAAAUCUAGAUGUUUAUGGAGACUCAACUCUAGUUGUCAAUCAAAUUAAAGGAGAAUGGGAAACUCGUCAACUCGGCAUAAUCCCAUACAAAGACUAUGCAAGGAGGUUAUCUACUUUCUUCAACAAGAUUGAAUUUCAUCGCAUCACUCGUGAGGAAAAUCAAAUGGCAGAUGUCUUGGUAACUUUGGCUUCCAUGAUCAUUGUGAAUCGUUGGAAUGAUGUGCCUAAAAUCGAUGUUAUGCAUAUUGAUAGACCCGCUCAUGUAUUUGCAAUGGAAGAAGUCUCUGAUGACAAGCCAUGGUACCAUGACAUCAAGUGUCAUCUCUAG